AUGCUGAGCAACUUUGGGGAUACCUACAUGAAUAUUCCGGCACAGAACACACACGACGCGCUCAAAGAAACACUCCUCCGUCAUAUGACCAGUUCGGAAGAGAAGCGCAUUCAGCUUUUUCUGUGUGAGAUACAACUGGGUAAUCUCAAGCUAUCCCAGUUGCUGCAACAAAUGCGUGCUUUAGUAUGCAACACAUCAAAAAUUGUUUACGUUAAUGCGGCGAGUAUAGGGAACAAGUGGACUGAGCUUAAGAUGCGCUCUCAGGGAGCAGAUGUGAUUGCAGUCAGUGAAACGUGA